AUGGCGAUGCCUUUCGACGUGAACCUCUACCAUUCCCUGACCGCUAUAGGAAGGUUGGCACCACGUCUCAAAUGGUACUUGACAGCAGUUGUGGCGCUAGGCGCCCUGAAUUAUCCAGAAGAGAUCCCGAAGCUAUAUACGCUCCUCCUUUCAGACCAUAUUCCUAAACCGGAUCAGAAAUCGGAGACUAGCAAGAUGCGAGAAGGGUUGACGAAGGUGUGCGGGAUUCAUGGAGCUGCCAAGACAGGAAGUGCUCUUCGAGCCUUGGCAACAGCGACUCCGCCAGAACUAGCGGAUUCGACUUAUCACAGAGCUGGUGACACCCGAGAAGAGGCCAUCCGUCGUGGAGCAGAAAAUUAUUCCUCAAUCUAUGACAAUAUUCCUGGCUACGAUUCCGAUAAAACGCUAAACGCAUCCCCGGAUUAUUACCACAUUGUGAGAGGUAUGGGCUCGUCUUCUAAUUUCUGGACUAUUUUCCUCCAAUACUCAUCCAUCCCUCUCGUCACAGAACUCUUCUAUGGACACAUUUUCUCUUUCACUGGGGUCUUGGACAAUCUUGAGACUGGGCAAGUUGUCGUGGCUGCUUUACUAGGCAUUGACUGCCAUGAGCAAGCCCGGAAUCACAUGCUAGGAAUGCUGAUGCGCGGCGCGAGUCAUGAGGACUUGGUGGCUAUUAGGUCCAUUGUUGUCAGUCUGGCGGAGCAUUAUGGGGUCAAGUUCAAGCACCCAAGCAUGACUAUCCCCAUUUUGGAAACCAGCACUGUGAAUCAAUAG